AUGCUUCCCGGCGCCCUGGCUUGGCCCUGCGGCAGCUCGGCGGGCCUGCUCAGCCUGCCCGCCACGCCGGGCUUCGGCAACUUCGGCAAAAGUUUCCUGAUCGAGAACUUGCUGCGGGCCGGCGGCGGGGCGGCUCCGCAGCAGGGCCCUGCCGACUUGCCCGCCGCGCCCGUCCCGCUCAAGCUGUGCCCGGCAGCCGCCGCCCAGAUCGGCAGUCCCUGGCCCUUCCCCGCUCCGGGCGCCUCGACGGCGGACAGAGAAGGCAGCUUUGCGCCCGCAGCCACAGCUCUUCUGAAGCCCUUUUUCUUGAGAGCCCCGCCAGUUUAUUCGACGUGCUGCGGUGGGUCCUGUCAACACCCUGCGUCUCCCACUGCUUUUCCAAGACAGGAAAGUGUUCUGCCUCUUCUAACCCAGGAUUCCCGAUCCCGGAGAGGCAUUUUAAGAAGAGCUGUUUUUUCUGAAGAUCAAAGGAAAGCUUUGGAGAAAAUGUUCCAGAAGCAGAAAUACAUCAGCAAAACAGACAGGAAGAAACUGGCCCUCAAUCUGGGUCUCAAGGAGUCACAGGUCAAAAUCUGGUUCCAAAAUCGAAGGAUGAAAUGGCGAAACUCCAAAGAAAAAGAAGUGCUGUCAAACAGGGGCCUGCCCGAGGAAGAGACUUACCUUUCCAAACCUUUGAAUUUUACCUCCUCGCCAUGUCCUGUUUGGGAAAUAGCUCAACAGCAGUCAGGUCCAAGAUGGCAGAGCCUCCCAGAACAUUCAGAGAGACAGAACGGCAGAAGCGGCUUGCAGAUACCUACAAAAGCAAACUCCUCUCCUGAUACAUUACAUUUGUAUCGAGAACAAGACAGCACAGAGAAGGACGUUGUAUCAUAUGGGGGGGGGACUGAUGAAGCAAAAUGAUAACUGACCAUUGAUUGAGGAUGAUCCCUCCCACAAGACUAACUGUAUUUUAUAUGGACACUGAAUUAGUUUCUGUAUUCCGCCAUUCACUAAAACAAAAAUGUAACACGUUCAUGUUGGCAAAAAACUAAUGCUGUAAGAAAGAUUCCCUAGUCAGUCUUCUUCCCUCAUAUGUGCCUUCUGACCUUGAACAGUACUUGUAAGUGAAGUAGGAUGGAACUGAUGGUAAGUGAACUUUAAAGGUUGAAUGUGAAGUUCAG